GGAAAGUGGGCGUGGAGUGGGCGGAUGACGUCACGAGCCACAGGGCGACUUACUGAGAGACGCUUACAGCCCGGAUUUCACGUCGCGCGCGCCGUCGACCCGACGCGGAGAUCAUGCUGGCUCGGCGCACGAGCGGCAGUGCGGUACGGUAGACGGGGUUUCUGCUCGAGCUCCGCUUUUCUCCAUGGAGCCGCAGCCCGGAUUCUCGCGCGAGGAGAUCAACAGCACCGUGUGGGAGGUGCCGGACAAGUACGUGCGUCUGAAGCAGAUUGGAACCGGAGCCUAUGGCACCGUGUGCUCAGCCAUCAAUGACAAAACCAAAGAGAAAGUGGCCAUCAAGAAGCUGCACAGGCCCUUCCAGUCGGAGAUCUUUGCGAAGAGGGCCUACCGAGAGCUGAGGCUGCUCAAGCACAUGAAACAUGAAAAUGUGAUCGGACUGCUGGACGUCUUCACUCCCGCCAACCGCCUGGAAACAUUUCAAGACUUCUAUCUGGUGAUGCCAUACAUGUACACAGACCUGUCCAAGGUUCGGGGUCUGCUCUCGGAGGACCGCGUGCAGUUCCUUGUCUAUCAGAUGCUCUGUGGACUAAAGUACAUUCACAGUGCUGGCAUCAUUCACAGGGAUCUUAAACCAGGCAACCUGGCUGUAAAUCAGGACUGCCAGCUGAAGAUCUUGGACUUCGGAUUGGCACGGCAUGCAGAUGCAGAGAUGACGGGUUAUGUUGUGACGAGAUGGUACCGAGCGCCUGAGGUCAUUCUAAACUGGAUGCACUACACCCAGACGGUGGAUGUCUGGUCAGUCGGGUGCAUAAUGGGAGAAAUGUUCAAUGGAAAGACACUCUUCAAAGGAAAAGACUACAUGGACCAGCUCACUCAGAUUUUGAAGGUAACGGGGACGCCGGGCCCGGAAUUCGUUGAGAAACUAGAAAGUCAGGAGGCGAAGAACUACGUGAGGUCACUUCCUCCUUAUCCUCGGAAAGAUUUCUCCACGCUGUUUCCCAGGGCCAGCGAAGGAGCGGUAGACCUGCUGGAGAAGAUGCUGGUUUUAGAUGCAGGUGCCCGCCUCACUGCUGAUGGUGCACUGGCCCAUAGUUAUUUCGAUGGCCUGAGGGAUCCAGAGGACUGUCCUGAGCCUAAGCCAUAUGAUGACAGUUAUGACAAUGCCACGCUGCCCCUAGAGGAGUGGAGACGAUUAUCUUAUAAAGAAGUGAAGAGUUUUGUUCCGUUCCCGAGACGAGACUCGAAGAGGAGAAACACGCUGACGAUGACUCCGUGAUGUUGUGGCUGUGGUUGAUGUUACACUAUAGAGACACGUUUAACGCAGAAGAACAGUGUGGAAGACGUUUACACAUUACAGCUGUUACACAUUGAAAAGAUUUUUUAUGACAAUCUAUGAGGAAUCAGUGAUGAAUGUAUCAUUUCUGUAGAUCUGAUAAGUUGACUUAAGGAUGUACUUCUGGAUGUUACAGUGCUGACUGGCUUUCGUUUGUCGCCGAUUUGCCUUGGUAACGCUUUACUGAAAGGCUGCAGUCUUAAGGCUACAUGACACCUACCUGAGCCUACCUGACAGUUAUCAUAAAUCUACAUACAAGUAUAUAAAGGCUGUAGGUGCAGGUGUUGUGUAGACUUAUGAGCGUUGCACUUCAGUGAAGCGUUGCCUUUGUCUGUAAGUGCUAUAUUAGAAUAGUUGAAGAGUUAUUCCAGAUGUUUUUCUUUGAACCAGACUUGUAACAUUGUGGCUUUUAAUGCUCAGAAGAGGCUGAAAAACUAGUAUUUUCGCAGUGGAUAGAGUAAAUACAGAUUCAUGCUGAUGCUUACCUUAAGACUUGUACAGUUUUUCACUAUAAUGAUCUGUCAGAACAUUACUUGUCAGAUGGAAUAUAGCUAAUUAAAAUGCAGAAACUCCACUGACUAUAAAUCAUAAA